AUGUUUCGUCUGGGGCUUUUUCUCUCAAUUUUCGGCCGUUUAGCAGCUGGUUACUGUAGCGGCGACAAUUUUCGGAAUGUUGUCAAAGGAGCACAAUCCGAUGAUUAUUUGAUCUACGGUUUGACGCAGGAUUGCCAAAUGUUCUUCUUGCGCCCUUCUCAGCUUCAUCUUUUAUCAAGAAUCCAAGUGAAUGCACGCCAUUCAUUCUGCUAUUCCAAUCUAAUCCAACUCCAUUUCAAAUCGAACGACACACUUCUGUUGGUAUUCAAACAAGCAGCCAACCGAAUAUGCACUUUGGAUAUUCACAUUCCACGCUUCGAAAUGCUGUUUGGUGAUCAUUUAUUCAGAUAUUCGUUGCUAAAUUCUUUACCGUACGCGUCUUGCUCGCAUUCAUUGGACACUAGUUUUCAGCUGGAACCAGAUUUGUCUUUUAUGGACCCUGUCUACAGCGAUGUUCUAUAUAUGGUCGAUGCACUUUCAAUAGGCUCGAAAUGGAAAGUUUUCCAAUUUUUGCUGAAAGACACUGGAAUUUUAAGCAUGAUGAAUAAUUUAACAAUCGCAAAUCAAUACCCAAAUGAAAAUGCUCCAGCGAAUGAAUUUAUCAUCUCAAUCGAUUCUGAAAGAGACAAACUAUUCCGAAGGAAUCGAUUCGAUCGUGUCUUCGAUUAUCAAUGCUCUUUUAAUAUGUUAUUUAGAUCAUCUGAUACAAAAGUGCAGAGUUUUGCAAGCCCGAACCGAGGCUACGGAUCAAUGCUCAACACAUUUUCUGUGGAUGGCGAUAUCAUGUUGUACGCGGAAUCGGACAGAUCGACCGAACCGCCAACUACAUCCCUCAAUAUAUUGAACAUUGAUCAACCGGACAAGGUUUUCUGUCUACUUUCAACCAGCUACACAUACGAAAUCGGAUUGAUACAAAAGUCGACGUUUCAAAAAAGUUCGCUGCCCUCGUUUGCAGCAAUCAAAAAACCAAAUCCGACAUCGAGCACAAACAGACCAACCGCUGCAAGUAGCAAGAAGACAAAAAAUCAAAUUCCAACAUUAUCCCCUUCAAAAUCAUUUUUCCGUUAUGAGAACAAACAAUCGUCAAUGACGACGACGACGACUACAGAAUAUGCUGUCGUCUUAGGCUCAGCGGUGCCCGAUAUACUAUCGAAUGACAUCCCUGAGGAAAAUUUAAAUGAAGACCCUGAAAAUGAGGAUGGCUUGGAUGACAUAAUUCGUGAUUUGAAUGAGCCGAUUGCAGAGCUUAAGACUUCUGAGAUCACAACUCCAACAAUUUUGAAUGGAACCAAAGAACAGAAUUCGACAAGUGAUCAAGCAGUAGCUCAAGCUUCGUCUGAAUCUUCUACCAUUAAUCCUCAGGCAAAACAUACAUCGUCUGCUUAUCGGAAGUCAGAGUCCAGAAGAUAUGAUAAUGCAACACUCAUGUCGUCAAGAGAUCCCGCUUCGUGCUGCUUUGUCCUCCCGACGCCAAACAGGAAUCUCACCUGA